UUGAAGCCCUUUCUUGCAUUUUUGCAUGAUAUAAAAAUCCACAAAAAUUCUUUGAUUAGCACAGUAUAAUUUGGGAAUUUAUACCAUUCAAAUCUCCGACUUCAAAAUGAACUCUAUUGUCACUAUAAUCGUUCUCUUCUUUGCCGUGGCCAGCUGUAACCCAGCUCCCCAAGGAAGCACAACCACCCCAGUGUCACUGGUCAGCGAAAUUUCCAACAUCCAGCCCGACGGCAGCUUCCAAUACACGUUCCAGGAAAGUGACGGAACCGAGGUUCAGGACGUGGGAACGCUUAAGCAGAUCCAGGUUCCCAACGCAAACGGAACCGGAACCGAACAGGUCCAGGUGCUGGUUCAAACCGGAAGCUUCUCGUAUCCCUCACCCGAUGGUCAGCAAAUUCAGCUGAACUACACCGCCGAUGAGACCGGAUUCCAUCCGCAGGGAGCUCAUCUGCCGGUGGCACCGGAGACAUUGUGA